AUGGCUUUCAUUGAAGGGAGACAACUAAUGGAUGUCGCUCUAAUUGCUAGUGAAUGUAUUGAUACUAGGAUUAGAGUAGAUGUGCCAGGGGUAAUGUGCAAACUGGAUAUCGAAAAAGCGUUCUCCAUUUUGGUAAAUGGAGAACCUGUAGGUUUGUUUCCUGCUACAAGAGGACUUAGACAAGGAGACCCUUUGUCCCCUUUCCUGUUUAUCAUUGCUAUGGAAGGGUUGGAUAGUUUGAUGAGGAGAGCUUCUCUAAACAACUGGAUUAGGGGUUUCAUAAUCAAAAACAGGGUUAAUGAGGUGAUAGAUAUGACUCAUUUAUUGUAUGCUGAUGACACAAUAAUCUUUUGUGAAGCAGCGCAGGAAUAA